AUGGAGGUGAUCGAGAGCCGAGAGCAGACCUCCGUUGGUCCUCCAACGGGGACGGAGGCUGCCAUGAUCAAUGGCGAGCAUAAUCCCUUCUUGGAUGAUUCUCUGAUGGACGAUGGCCGAUCAAGCAGUUUAAGUGAAAUCGAUGAGCUGUCAGACAACGAACCGUCCGACUUUGAAGAUUCGACCAAACCAGAGAGACCAUUGGAGAACGACUCUGAGGCCGAAACCGAGCGCAUCGAGGACUCCCCCAUAAUAUUCGCAAGCGGGACAUUGUUGUCAGUGCUGGGAUCUACAACGCUUGACGACGUUGACGGUGAAGAGCAAUUGGUGGACGACUCACCUAGCAAAUCGCGCCUAGCAUCUUACAACAACGGGCUGACCGAGAACCUGCCUGACAUUGGAGAGGAAUUUGGCAAGAAGCGAAAGCGCCUUGAGGCCGGUGAUGACACCGCAACCGAAAUGGGUGAUGAUGAGCCGCUCAAGAAACGCCGAAGUUCCAUCAAGAGUGAACUGAGUGAUCCAAUUGACGACGAUGAUACUCCUCUUUCCCCAGAGCCAAUUGAAGAACUUACCUCCAUUAUGGAAGAAGAAUUGCCGGUGGACAAUAUCCCUGAGCCAGAUCUCCCUGCUGUGCCGACCAAAGGCAAAAAAGGCAAAAAAGGCAAGGGUAGGAAAAAGAGAGCUCCAGAGGUGGAUGGAGAGAUUGAAGGUGGCGGUGGUAUCGCAGAAAAUAUUGCUGAUGAUCACCUUGGAGAAGAUGAAGAGCCCAAUGAACGCGUCGAGGAAGCCGUUGAUGCUCAGACGGCCGCCAAAGCUGAAGAAGAGUCUGCGAAGAAAAUGUCUGCCAUGGAGUCCUUGGCGACACUGGAGAAAGAAUUCGCAACGUUACGAGACAAGAUCUAUGACGAACAAAUUGCAAAGCUUGACCGUGAGCUUGAAAUGCUUUCCGGUCCUUUCCCGACACAUCCCGAGUUCUUGCGCCAGAUCGAAUGCGUUGAACGUCAACGGGAUGAGAAGCUGAAAUACGAGGAAACCCUGUUUCGUUAUCGUACCGAGUCUCAGAUAAAAAAGAGCCUGGCCGAACGAGCACAAAUAAACAGUACAUUUUUCCAGAAUGUUCGAGACGUGCGAGAACGCCACUCAAGCGCAAUUAGCAAGCAGUUCUAUGAUAUCCAGCAUGAUCGUUUCAAGACUGAUGAGCUGAGUCCACAUCACAUCAUACCUUUCCCAACCCGUCGGUCGCAACAAAUCGCACAUCAAACCGCCUACAACCAAGAAGUGUCGGUCAUGGCUGGUGUUGCGAAAUAUGUAGGUUUCCCAGCUGCGCCGGCUUUGGCAGGUGCCCGACCAUCCGAAUUGCAGGAUGACUUGGAGAAGAUGGGGAUCGUUGUCGAAUCACAAUCGCGGGCUUCGGCUCCGAGGCACUCCUCUGUAUUACUACCUCCUCGAGGUGCCAUGUCGGCCAUGUCAUCCAAUGCUUUCCGAACAGCCGCCGAGGAAGCCUUUUUGGAGCAAACACCUUGGGCCAAUCCUCAACAUCCGAUCCAUCAACAGCAGUCACAACAUACACAGCUACUCCAGUACUCUCAUCAACAUCGGCCCCAAGGGCAAGCCUUCAAUCCUCAGCAAGCAUCAUCAUAUGUAACACCGACAGCUCAAAAGCGCAUGGUUGACAUCAACGCGCCAAACGGGUCGGCAUCCACUAUCCCCGAGAAUAACUCGAUUGCCAAUUCUUCAGCCAACAAUACCCCCUAUGGCACUGAGCAGGGGCCUCAACAUCAAAACCGUGAAGCUUUCCUCAAGCCGGACUACGAGAUUGAGCACACAUCCGGUCUUCGGUCUCAAAGUUCCUCACCACUAGAUAUGCGAAAACCCCUCCCGCAUCUAAGCCAUAAUCCUGCUCUCGAUACUACUUCCCGCAUUCCCAUCUUCUCCCCUCCCUCUCCCAGAACGAAUGUACCAUCCCAGGUCGCCCACGAAACUAGAGACUUCUCCCAAUCUCACAUCCAAGACGGUUGA